AUGGCCAUGGGGUCACCACAGCUUCUGCAGAUUUGUCUUUCCCUUCGUACUUUUGCAGAGAAGCAAACAAAGUUGGAUUCUAACUCUUCUGUCCUUCUGCAGAAUAUGGAAGGUGUUCUACUGAUCUUGGCACUGACAGAAGAGCUGGUGUUUUCUGCUCAGGUACUGUCUCCCACUGUCUCCUCCUCUCAGGGCUUCCCGAUGAAUACUACAACUAUCACAGCCAUGGGAACAACACCUCACCACAAAGACCACCACAGGGCAGAGCCCCUUCCCACGUCUGCUCAAGCCAUGUCCCACACCAUCAGCCUGGUGGAGGAAGCCCCUUCCACCGGGAAAGAGAAAGAGAGUGGCCCUCGCAUCGGCGAAAAGGAAACUUACCAUUUGUACAACAAGAGUGCUUUGUACUCAGGACAGUCUCGCCCCAAGGGGAAAAUAUUCCAGGUUUUCAAAGGCAACUUCUCAGAGUCGACAGAGCCUUACCUAAAGACGACCCUGCACUCUCCCUUCCCUACCCUGAGGAGCCCUUUCACAGACCACCCGUUUCAGUCCCAGACCACAGCAUCCAGUGAUCCAAAUGGAGUGGGGCUGGCAAGAACUACACACUCAGACCCUUCUCCCCACCACACCUCGGGAAGCCGUAGGGAAGCAGAGCGAGGGGAUGGGACUGAGGCAGUAGUACAGGAGGCAGAUUUUGCCACCACAACUGCUGGACCAUCAACUGAUCCUGAAGCAGUGUCGGUGCCUUUUAAACCCACACGCUAUGGCGUGUGGGAUAUGCUGAGCAAAAACAACUCUUGGGUAACCUUGAAUCUCAGUACAAAUGUCCCUUUGUUUGCUGGCUCUGGAUCUGCUACAGCAGCAGCUGGUCACUCAGUUCAGACCAGUUUUGACGUCAGUAUCUCGUCCCCAGCAGUGGGAGACCUGGAGGGACUCACUCCAACGCAGCACGGCGCGGUGACCAAUGCCAUGGCACCAGGCAGUGCUCUCUCCUCAGUGCCUGCCACGAGGCUGUCCAGCUCUACUUCCACAGCUGGCUCCACUGCCACUGGGAACUUCCUGAAUAGACUGGUUCCUGCCGGGACCUGGAAACCAGGUGUGCAAGGAAACAUCUCCCAUGUCACUGAGGGGGACAAGCCCCAGCACAGAGCAACCAUCUGUCUCAGCAAGAUGGACAUUGCCUGGAUCAUUCUGGCUAUCAGCGUCCCUAUAUCCUCAUGUUCAGUUCUGCUGACAGUCUGCUGCAUGAGAAGGAAGAAGAAGACAUCUAACCCAGAGAACAAUCUGAGCUAUUGGAAUAACGCUAUUACCAUGGACUACUUCAACAGGCAUGCUGUAGAGUUACCAAGAGAGAUCCAGUCACUGGAGACUUCAGAGGACCACCUGUCCGAGCCGCGCUCUCCAGCCAAUGGCGACUAUCGCGACAGCGGGAUGGUCCUGGUGAACCCCUUCUGUCAGGAAACGCUGUUCGUGGGACAUGAGCAAGUCUCCGAAAUAUGA